ACGUAGCACUCUUUGCGCCUGUGCAGACGCUGCGGGGGCCGCCCCAGCUACCGCCGCCCCUGCAGCAGCUCUAUCUAUGGUCUCUCCCUAGAGCUUUGCCGUUGGGGGUAGCUGCUGCGGGCUCUGUUCGCCCCGCGCGGCAGCGACAUGGAGGAAUUCGACUCCGAAGACUUCUCCACCUCAGAGGAGGACGAAGACUACGUGCCAUCCGGUGGAGAGUAUAGUGAAGAUGAUGUAAAUGAAUUAGUGAAGGAAGAUGAAGUGGAUGGUGAAGAGCAGACACAGAAAACCAAAGGGAGAAAAAGAAAGGCUCAGAGCGUUCCGGCCAGGAAGAGAAAACAAGGUGGCCUCUCGUUAGAAGAAGAGGACGAGGAGGAUGCCAACGAGGAAUCUGGAGGAAGUAGUAGUGAGGGGGAAGAUGCAGCUGCAGAGCCAGGAAAAGGCAUUGAGUCAGAGGAUGCAAGGAAAAAGAAGGAAGAUGAACUGUGGGCCAGCUUCCUCAAUGACGUAGGACCAAAAUCAAAAGUGCCUCCGCGUACACAAGUUAAAAGAGGAGAGGAGGCUGAAGAGACAAGUUCAAGUAAAUUGUUGGUCAAAGCAGAAGAGCUAGAGAAACCUAAAGAAACAGAAAAAGUUAAAAUCACCAAGGUGUUUGAUUUUGCUGGUGAAGAAGUCAGGGUGACUAAGGAAGUGGAUGCUACAUCUAAAGAAGCCAAAUCCUUCUUCAAGCAAAAUGAGAAAGAAAAACAGGCUAAUGUCCCUUCAGCUCUGCCGUCACUUCCUGCCGGGUCAGGGUUAAAAAGAUCAAGUGGCAUGAGCAGCCUUUUGGGGAAACUAGGAGCCAAGAAGCAGAAGAUGAGCACGCUAGAGAAGUCCAAGCUGGACUGGGAGAGCUUCAAGGAGGAGGAGGGCAUUGGCGAAGAACUAGCCACCCACAACCGAGGGAAGGAGGGGUACAUUGAACGGAAAGCUUUUCUAGACCGAGUGGAUCACAGGCAGUUUGAAAUCGAGCGAGAUCUCAGGCUGAGCAAAAUGAAACCCUGAUGUGAUGAGGAACCUACAGCAGCUUAAUCCUGUUUACAACCUUUUCUUUCAUGCCCUCUUAAGGCAACUUAGAUCCAACAGGACCACCAGAUACAAUCUUUGUGCACACGAAGUUGACCACAGAGGGAAAGUGGGCUGUGGAAGUCUGGAAGAUUCCACCCUGGUUCCCUGCAGCCUGGAAUUGCCCAGUCCACAGAGACUCUCCUUUCCAGGGCCCCUCUCCAUGGUCUGCCGGUGAGCUUUCAUUGUUGUACCCUCAGAAAGCUGAUGGUGUAGACAGAUCUACGCUCAAGUAAGGGACAAGGUGGCUGUGUCAGGGAGGGAAGGGAGAAAUGUAACAUGAGGAGAACACUGUCAACAUCGGACAGUGGGUUUGGCGUCCUGCCUCUAACCUUAGAUUGUAGCCCUGCCAUCCGGGUUGAGUCCCUCCCUCUGUGUCUCAGAUGCCUUGUCUUCAAAAGGUUUCUGAGAAUGCUUAAUAACCCUGCUCUGCCUACCUCACAGCAUUUUAUUAAAUGAAAUACAUUAUCCAGGUGUUAAGUUACUCUAAUUAAAUUUCACACUAAAGGCUCCCAGCUCCCCAAGACAGCCAGGCUUCUGUGAGUAUAAAUUAGCACCGCCUUGAAGAACACUUUGGGGAUAUCUCAUGAAUCUGGAGCUGCGCUCAGCCUGUGACACAGCAGCUCUGCUCUUGGCUUGACAUCCUAGAGAAGCACCAGCAUGUGCACAGGAGGCAGGCUCAUCGGUGACAG